CCUAACAUGGCGCUCGCCUCGUCGCCUCUCUCAAUAUGGCCGCGCGGCGCAUGCUGCCCGCCUCCUCCUUCUCCGGAAGCAGCUGUCCGGCUGUCACUCAGAGGGCGCAAGAUGGCGGCGGCGUCCGUGACUGUGGUGGCUGGGCUGGCGGCGGGCGCGUCUUUUUUCCCCUUCAGGCGGGGCCCGGCGGGAGCGGCGCCGCGACUGCUGCAGAUGUGCCGCAGGGCACAUGCAGCAGCUGCCACAGCAACUGCCACAGAGACAGCAUCGCGCAUCAAGAAGUUUGCAGUGUACCGGUGGAACCCAGACAACCCCGGGGAGAAGCCUCGCAUGCAGACUUAUGAAAUAGAUCUGAACAAAUGUGGACCGAUGGUUCUCGAUGCCCUGAUCAAGAUUAAGAAUGAAAUGGACUCUACCUUGACUUUCCGAAGGUCCUGCAGAGAAGGCAUUUGUGGAUCCUGCGCAAUGAACAUUGGUGGAGGGAAUACUCUGGCCUGUACCAAGAGGAUUGAUACUGACCUCAGCAAAGUCACCAAAAUCUAUCCUCUCCCCCACAUGUACGUGGUGAAGGAUCUUGUCCCAGACUUGAGCAACUUCUAUGCCCAGUACAAAGCCAUCCAGCCUUACUUGAAAAAAAAGGAUGAGUCCAACCAGGGCAAAGAGCAAUACCAUCAGUCCAUAGAAGAUCGGGAGAAGCUGGAUGGGCUCUACGAAUGUAUCCUCUGUGCCUGCUGCAGCACCAGCUGCCCCAGCUACUGGUGGAAUGGGGACAAGUACCUGGGCCCUGCCGUCCUCAUGCAGGCCUACCGCUGGAUGAUCGACUCUCGGGACGAUUACACCAAGGAGCGCCUGGCCCAGCUGCAGGACCCCUUCUCCCUCUACCGUUGCCACACCAUCAUGAACUGCACAAAGACCUGCCCCAAAGGGCUGAACCCUGGAAAAGCAAUUGCCGAGAUCAAGAAGAUGAUGGCCACGUACAAGGCGAAGGCAGCCACCGCCUGACUCCGAUCCGGGGCUGAGCUUCACAAUGUGCACAUUCCCUUGUCCUCCUCCUCUUGCUGGAAGUCAGCUAACUUAUAUCUGAUCGUCAGGUGGGGCGUCAGACCCUGCCAGCCUGUGUACAUUUUCUCCAUAGGCACUCGCGUGCAAUGGAAGCUGUAUUAAAUAAUAAAAGCGCUACUUCAUUA